AUGCUGGCUGGUCAAGUAUCUGCUAACAUCCUGGCUGGUCAACUCCAAGGGUCUCUGAGGAGGAAGAUCGAGGGCCAUACUCCUGGCUACUCCUCCCAACAGAAUGGCCUGUCCUGUGGGCCGUCGGGGCUGGACUUCAAACGUGUCCGUCUGGAGGGGGGCAGCGGUGGUUUGGGUGGGCCCUGUUCCUUCAACUCACAGUCCAUGGGAGGCGACGCCCUAAACAGGAAAAACAACAACAGCAGCUACAUGAUGCCCCAUGGGGUCAUGAACUCUGACCUCAUCAACAUGACCCUGAAGGAGAUGAAGAAGGAACCUAUAGACCAUGUCACUUCCUGCGGCCAGAGGUCUACUGAGAUGAUGGUGUUCAGCAGCCAGAUCGACCCGGAGCUUCAGGAUCUGUUCGACGAGCUGACCAAGACCGUCCCGUCUCUGCACGACCAGGAGUUUGAGAAGAUGCUGAAGCAGGACGAUACGUUCGGCCUGGCGGAUCUGGAGCGCAGUGCGGCUACCCUCUGCUCCCACCUGGAGAAGCCCAUCAAGACAGAGUACUCCUCUCCAGACUACGGCCAGACACAUGGCCAUGGUAGCUCCUCACAGCUCCACCCGGCAUCAACUGGUCCCUCCUUCACCAUGUCCAGCUCCUCCCCCAUCACCAACCAGAAGAGCCAAGGCCAGGGGCCCUCAGGGCUGGCUGGACCCCCCAGCAGAGGUCUCCCUGGCUGGCCUGAGGUGUCCCAUGCAGAGCAGCUAAAGCAGAUGGCAGCCAACCAGAACCAGCAGCAGCCCAACCCUCAAACCCUGCUCCACCACCAACAGCCACACCAACAGGCUCAGGCUGGAGGGGGAGGAGGACCAGGGACCAGUUGGAACACGCAGCCCUCCUCCAACUCCUUCCCCCAGGACAAGCUCUCCAACCCGGCCUCAAUGGGCCAGAGGAUCACCCCCCAGACCUCCAUGGACAGUCAGGGUAAAGGCAUAAACAACUGUCUGUUCAAGCCCAACGGACACAACACCUCCAGCCACCUGGAUAUGAAGGUGCUCAGCAACAAACCAAUGCUCCACUUCAGCCCCAAAGCAUCCCAGCAACCCUCCACUAUGGCAGGUCCAGUGAGUAAGACUACAGCCCAUCAACAACAACAACAACAGCCGUCCACCUCAGCCCAGAACUUGAACACGAACCACCCAGUUCAUAAUUACCAGAACCCCCAGCAGCAACGGCCCAUGUCUGGACCUCCUCACUUGCAGCCCAAGUCCCUGGCCCAGAGAACCCCUCUCAGCCAGCAUGGAGCUGGACCUGGGCUCCACUUUAAACUGGCUCAACAACGACAGAUGCCUCCUGGGCCUCGUCUGCCCACCAACGGCAGCCUAGUGGGGAUGUCAGCCCAGACCCAGGCCCAGGCCAACCAACGUCCCCCUGCCCCUGGCUCCAACACCCAGCAGAAACCCCCAGGACCAGGGAAGACCCAGGUCAUGCAGAGACAGCUAGCCCAGCAGCAGCACAUCAUCAAUGACUCUGACAAAAUCAAUAGUAGCCAGGAUCUGUUUAACCGUCAUCUAACCAGACCACCACCAGACUAUAAACAGCCCCGAGGAAUGGUCCAACCUACAGGCCUUUUCACAGGUAUGAGUUCUUCCCAGUCGUUGUCGACCAACGGGUCUGACCAGAGUGACCUUCUAUCCAUGUCCUGCCACAUGCCCAGCGGCCCGGGAUCCAAGAUGACCCCUCCUCCCACGGACUGGAGGUUUGGAAGAGGCCCCCACACUCACCAGAUCCAACAGCACAACAACCAGACCAAGAUGGGACUCGGAGUCGGAGGAGGACUCAACCAAAACAAGUCCAGGUUCCCUGGUCCUCCCAACGGCCAGGGUAAUGGGUUUGAGGUGGGUGGUCUUACCAGUGUACAACAUCCCUCAAGGACAUCAGUAGGCCAGCAGGGUGGAGGGAUGCCCAGUCAGGGGCAGGGUCUCGGGCUAGGGAGUGUGAUGGGCUGGCCUCCUGGAGCUAAAGCUCCCAUCAUGGUCCCUGGGACUCUCGGGGUAAGGCAGCCCCCGAACUCGCUCCAACCACAGGGUGCCCAUUCCCAGUCUCAGCUCGACAUGUCCAGCCACCAGUACCCUCCUGGCCCCCGGCACAUAGGCCCUGGCCCACCCAACCAGGUGGCACCAGAAAUUGGCAUGCUGCCUCUGAACCCAGCCCUCCGCAGCUCCACCACCACCACCAACCCCAGACCCAACCAACCCAUGAUGCCUCCUCUGCCAGGGCUACCAAGCCUCAACCAGGCCUCUCCGGAGCAGAGGGUUCCCGCUGGGGGCAGCACCAUCGGGGUCUUCCCACCACAUAACCACAACCCUGGGGGAAGCUACCAGACCCAGAACAGCCGGGCUGUUAACCGACUGACCUUUGAAUUCCUCCAGGAGGGAGACAACACCGUCCCAGGGAUCAACACUGACUCAGACUUCAUCGACUCGCUGCUGAAGUCUGGAUCCGGCAACGACGACUGGAUGAAAGACAUCAACCUCGAUGAGAUCCUGGGCAGUCACUCAUAAAGUGACCUCGAUGAGAUCCUGGGCAGUCACUCAUAAAGUGACCUCGAUGAGAUCCUGGGCAGUCACUCAUAAAGUGACCUCGAUGAGAUCCUGGGCUGUCACUCAUAAAGUGGGAUGAUGUGGGUUUGCAUAAAUAGGGCCCAGAGUUUUUCCAUGCAGCUCUCAUGAAUUGGGGUUCAUUCCAGAAAGUUUUUCUGUAGAACAAUUCCACAGAAUUGGUGGCCAGUUUUUCAAUCAAAACAUUCCAUAGAAUUGGGAGCGCCGGUCAGGAGUUUUUCCAGGUUAGAUGGGCCAUGUGGUGUGGAAAAACUCCUGGCCUUAAUUAUAGGCUCCAACUAGAGCCAGGAGCUCCUCCCUCUUCUGGUCAAGAUAAACUCCAGGACUCAUCCAUAAAGACUGAUAACUGCAAACGCAGAACUUUCCCCAUACAGAGACUAUGGAUGGCCUUGCAUCCCAAAUGGCACCCUAUUCCCUUUAUAGUGCACUACUUCUGACCAGGAUCCAUAGGGCUAUGGUUGAAAGUAGUGCACUAUAUAGAGAAUAGGGUAUCAUUUGAAACACAGACCAUGAAUGGCCAUGAGUCAGAAUUCACCUAAAGGGAUUACAUUUGCAAAGCUAUAAUGUAAUUUUGUAAACCCAAUAUAUAAUUUGAUAUCUAAUUGUACUUUUUGUGUAUUCCUGUGAAGAAAUAUAUAUUCUGUAUAAUAAUAUUUUAGUACAUCAUAAAGGUUCAUUGAAUAAGAAGAUUCUGUGACAGCGUCUUGACCUGAUUCUGAAUAUAUUCUAUCAAACCUUUCUCUUUUCAUAACAUGGGUAUCGUCCAAAAAUGUCACCCUAUUCCAUACAUAGUGCACUACCCCGUCUUCAUUAUGUAGGGGAUAGGGUGUCAUUUCUGACACAGAUAUGGGAGGUAGUGUACUGCUAGUGACUAGAGCCAUGUGGGCCCUGUAAUACAUGGGGUAGAGGGGUCCAACCAUGGUCAAAUGUGAACAGGAAGUGGCUGUCAUACUUCCAGACUUUGUCCCAAAUGACGCCGUAAGUUCCCUUUUAUUACCAGUAUGCUCUACCACAUAAUGUUCUGGUCAGAAGUAGAGUACUGUAGUAGGGAAUAGAGCGUCAUGGCAGGAUAUACCUCCCCUUUUAUUACCAGUAUGCUCUACCACAUAAUGCUCUGGUCAGAAGUAGAGUACUGUAGUAGGGAAUAGAGCGUCAUGGCAGGAUAUACCUCCCCUUUUAUUACCAGUAUGCUCUACCACAUAAUGCUCUGGUCAGAAGUAGAGUACUGUCGUAGGGAAUAGAGCGUCAUGGCAGGAUAUACCUCCCCUUUUAUUACCACAUAAUGCUCUGGUCAGAAGUAGAGUACUGUAGUAGGGAAUAGAGCGUCAUGGCAGGAUAUACCUCCCCUUUUAUUACCACAUAAUGCUCUGGUCAGAAGUAGAGUACUGUAGUAGGGAAUAGAGCGUCAUGGCAGGAUAUACCUCCCCUUUUAUUACCACAUAAUGCUCUGGUCAGAAGUAGAGUACUGUCGUAGGGAAUAGAGCGUCAUGGCAGGAUAUACCUCCCCUUUUAUUACCAGUAUGCUCUGGUCAGAAGUAGAGUGCUGUCGUAGGGAAUAGAGCGUCAUGGCAGGAUAUACCUCCCCUUUUAUUACCAGUAUGCUCUGGUCAGAAGUAGAGUGCUGUCGUAGGGAAUAGAGCGUCAUGGCAGGAUAUACCUCCCCUUUUAUUACCAGUAUGCUCUGGUCAGAAGUAGAGUGCUGUAGUAGGGAAUAGGGUGUCAUGACAGGAUAUACCUCCCCUUUUAUUACCACAUAAUGCUCUGGUCAGAAGUAGAGUACUGUAGUAGGGAAUAGAGCGUCAUGGCAGGAUAUACCUCCCCUUUUAUUACCAGUAUGCUCUGGUCAGAAGUAGAGUGCUGUCGUAGGGAAUAGAGCGUCAUGGCAGGAUAUACCUCCCCUUUUAUUACCAGUAUGCUCUACCACAUAAUGUUCUGGUCAGAAGUAGAGUGCUGUAGUAGGGAAUAGAGCGUCAUGGCAGGAUAUACCUCCCCUUUUAUUACCAGUAUGCUCUACCACAUAAUGCUCUGGUCAGAAGUAGAGUACUGUAGUAGGGAAUAGAGCGUCAUGGCAGGAUAUACCUCCCCUUUUAUUACCAGUAUGCUCUACCACAUAAUGCUCUGGUCAGAAGUAGAGUACUGUCGUAGGGAAUAGAGCGUCAUGGCAGGAUAUACCUCCCCUUUUAUUACCACAUAAUGCUCUGGUCAGAAGUAGAGUACUGUAGUAGGGAAUAGAGCGUCAUGGCAGGAUAUACCUCCCCUUUUAUUACCACAUAAUGUUCUGGUCAGAAGUAGAGUACUGUAGUAGGGAAUAGAGCGUCAUGGCAGGAUAUACCUCCCCUUUUAUUACCACAUAAUGCUCUGGUCAGAAGUAGAGUACUGUAGUAGGGAAUAGAGCGUCAUGGCAGGAUAUACCUCCCCUUUUAUUACCACAUAAUGCUCUGGUCAGAAGUAGAGUACUGUAGUAGGGAAUAGAGCGUCAUGGCAGGAUAUACCUCCCCUUUUAUUACCACAUAAUGCUCUGGUCAGAAGUAGAGUACUGUAGUAGGGAAUAGGGUGUCAUGGCAGGAUAUACCUCCCCUUUUAUUACCACAUAAUGUUCUGGUCAGAAGUAGAGUACUGUAGUAGGGAAUAGAGCGUCAUGGCAGGAUAUACCUCCCCUUUUAUUACCACAUAAUGCUCUGGUCAGAAGUAGAGUACUGUAGUAGGGAAUAGAGCAUCAUGACAGGAUAUACCUCCCCUUUUAUUACCAGUAUGCUCUACCACAUAAUGUUCUGGUCAGAAGUAGAGUACUGUAGUAGGGAAUAGAGCAUCAUGACAGGAUAUACCUCCCCUUUUAUUACCAGUAUGCUCUACCACAUAAUGCUCUGGUCAGAAGUAGAGUGCUGUAGUAGGGAAUAGAGCGUCAUGGCAGGAUAUACCUCCCCUUUUAUUACCAGUAUGCUCUACCACAUAAUGCUCUGGUCAGAAGUAGAGUACUGUCGUAGGGAAUAGAGCGUCAUGGCAGGAUAUACCUCCCCUUUUAUUACCACAUAAUGCUCUGGUCAGAAGUAGAGUACUGUAGUAGGGAAUAGAGCGUCAUGGCAGGAUAUACCUCCCCUUUUAUUACCACAUAAUGCUCUGGUCAGAAGUAGAGUGCUGUAGUAGGGAAUAGAGCGUCAUGGCAGGAUAUACCUCCCCUUUUAUUACCAGUAUGCUCUACCACAUAAUGCUCUGGUCAGAAGUAGAGUGCUGUCGUAGAGCGUCAUGGCAGGAUAUACCUCCCAGACCCAUCGUGGUGUUUCAUGUUUUGAAUGAUGAUGCUGUCUCAGGUGUUUGUUAUAUUUACCACAGACACUUUACUCAUCAUGUUAUUUCUACUUUUCUGGCGUAUCGCCUGGGACUGGUUUGAACGGCCACAUCUGAAACCAUUGAUUUUUGAUCUUUGAUCUAAUAUUUAAUAAUCUUAUUGGGAGAAAAAAAUAUAUACGACAUUAUAAACAAUCUAAUGAAUAAAAAUGUUUUUAAAUAAAGAGCCUUUGUACUUUCUGUUCCUGGAAAGAUCAGGAUUAUUUAGAGAGCUAAAUAUUGGAAGAAAUUAAUUUGUUUAAAACUGUUCCAACUAUUGUCUUUCUCUCUCUCUCUCUGAGUCAACUACUACUAGCUGUAGCUUAUGCUUUCAGUACUUUCAGUACUAGAUUCAUUCUCUGAUCCUUUGAUUGGGUGGACAACAUGUCAGUUCAUGUUGCAAGAGCUCUGAUAGGUUGGAGGACGUCCUCUGGAAGUUGCCAUAAUUACUGUGUACGUCUAUGGAAGGAGGGUGAGAACCAUGAGCCUCCUAGGUUUUGUAUUAUUGUCAAUGUACCCAGAGGAGGACGGAGGCUAGCUGUCCUCCGACUACACCAUGUUGCUACCCAAAAGAAUGCUGUUUAGGCUGUAGACCUUCUUUGCAAAAUAGUGUGUUUUAAUCAACUAUUUGGUGGUGUGAUUAUAUGUCGUAUAAAAAACGUUCCCAUUACAAAUAUAGAUAUAGAGGACAGAGAACAGCUUUCUUAGACUCAACAACUCUGAAGCAAUUAUCAGCAGACAAAAAAAUAAUCACUAAAAACAGUUCACCCAAGAGAACAUAUUAGAUGCUGUUAAAACAUUCGCAUGGAGAACCAGGAAUGGAUAGCUUCCACAUAGAAUACUAUUCAACAUGUUGGGACACAAUAGCCCCCAUAUUUACACAAAUGACAACACACAUGUCACUCAAUUUAGUACUUCCUAGUUCCGUGUAUCAAACAGCUAUUUCAGUCAUAUUAAAACCAGGAGAAUCUGGAGUCCCCUGCUGAUUAUAGACCCAUAAAUGUAAUAAAUUAUGACCAUAAAAUAAAAAAAAAACUUAGAAACAAGGUAAACGUCUCUUACCAGACUCGGUCAAUAAAAUAAGGUUUAGGAAAAAUAGACACAAACAUACAAGAACAUGUUUCAGUUUAAAAUAAAAAAGAUCAAAUCAAAUGUAUUUAUAAAGCCCUUCGUACAUCAGCUGAUAUCUCAAAGUGCUGUACAGAAACCCAGCCUAAAA